CAGGGGCAGCACCGAGAAAACCUGACCAGAGGCCCGGCCGCGCCGGAGCUGGUGGGAGCCAGACCAAAAGCUCCCCUGUGGCUCCCUUUUGCAGCUCCCUCGGCUGCCCCUUCCCUGGGCCAGGUCAUGCGCUGCCCCAAGUGUCUGCUCUGCCUGUCAGCAUUGCUCACGCUCCUGGGCCUCAAAGUGUACAUCGAGUGGACCUCCGAAUCCCGGCUUAGCAAGGCCUACCCAGGACCCCGGGGUACACUGUCAGGCCCCACAUCAGCCAGCACUGAGCCCACCCUGCCUGCCAACCUCUCAGCCCGCCUGGGCCAGACUGGCCCACUGCCUUCAGCUUAUUGGAACCAGCAACAGUGGCGGCUGAGAGCCCUGCCCAGUGAGAACAGUGCUGAGGCAGGGGGCUGCCAGGCUUGGGGAGCUGCUGCUGCUGCUGAGAUCCCAGACUUCACCUCCUACCCUGAGGACCUCCGUCGCUUCUUGCUGUCAGCAGCCUGCCGGAGCUUUCCACAGUGGCUGCCUGAAGGCAGCCAAGUAGCCAGCUGCUCAGACACUAACGUCCCCUUCCUGCUGUUGGCUGUCAAGUCGGAACCAGGACGCUUUGCAGAACGACAGGCCGUGAGGGAGACGUGGGGCCGUCCAGCUCCUGGGAUUCGGCGGCUCUUCCUGCUGGGGUCCCCAGUGGGUGAGGGGGGGCCUGACCUGCGCUCACUGGUGGCCUGGGAGAGCCGUCGCUACAAUGACCUGCUGCUCUGGGAUUUCCUUGACGUCCCCUACAACCGGACGCUCAAAGACCUGCUGUUGCUGGCCUGGCUGGGCCACCACUGUCCGGAGGUGAAUUUUGUCCUGCAAGCUCAGGACGAUGCUUUUGUACACAUGCCCGCCCUGCUGGAUCACCUGCAGGCCCUGCCGCCCACCUGGGCCCGAAGUCUCUACCUGGGUGAGGUCUUCACCCAGGCCAAGCCCCUCAGGAAGCCUGGGGGACCCUUCUAUGUGCCCGGGUCCUUCUUUGAAGGUGGUUACCCAGCCUAUGCGAGCGGGGGUGGCUACGUCAUCGCAGGGCGCCUGGCUCCUUGGCUGCUGCAGGCAGCAGCCCGCGUGGCACCCUUCCCGUUCGAUGAUGUCUACACAGGCCUUUGCUUCCGAGCCCUGGGUCUAGUGCCACGGACACACCCAGGCUUCCUCACAGCCUGGCCAGCAGACCGCUCCACAGACCCCUGUACACUCCGAGACCUGCUGCUGGUGCGGCCCCUCAGCCCCCAGGACAGCAUUCGGCUCUGGAGACAGCUGCAGGAGCUGCAGCCGCAGUGCUGAGCCUCGAGAGGAGAAGGGGCUAACCUGGUCUGCCCCCCGCCCCCAGGCCUUGGUGUGAGGGUGCAGGUCCUGGAUCCUGGACUGCUUGAGCCACUCCUGGGCACUCUCUGUCCAGGGGACUGGACAGAAAGGAUGAGGCAACAGCUUGUUUUUGUCUACCUUUUGUUUUUGAA